GCCUAAGCCUGUCCCAAGCCAGGUUGAGAAAGGGUGAGGGGGAGGAGUAACAACCUCGUUAAAAAACCAGGGUUCAUCUGGCCCGGAUGAUAGCACCCUGUAAGGGCUCCUUGUCUAGGGUACAGAUGAAGACCACAACAGCGAAGAAGGCGGAGAAUACGGAGUUCAGAACGGCGGAUACGGUGGAAGUGGCAAUCCUGCUUUUGGAUGAAAUAAAAGCUAAAGGACAGAAACCUUGAAAAAACAAUUCUCUGGUCCUCCAGGUUGGGGGUUGGGACGUCAGGUUGGUUACCUGUCACCCGUUAAACCUUAAUAUACUAAAAAGCCUAAUACAAGCCUCGGAAAUUCGGAUGGGAUACACGGUAAACGACUUAAGCUACGGAAAAGGAUAAUGAAUAUGGGCACCUGGAACGUGCAGGGUAUAUCGGGCAAGAUGGAGGAAGUAAUACUGGAGGUAACUAGACUGAGGGUGGAUAUUGUCGUCUUGACGGAGACAAAAAAGAAGGGAGUUGGAGUGGAAACAGCGGGGAAUUAUAUUCAUGUACAUACUGGAGUUGAAAGGCACCAAAGGGCAAAACGGGGAGUUUCGGUUCUGAUACAUAAAAGAUACCAAGGAAAUAUCACCUCUUAUGAAGCAGUUGAUGAGAACAUAAUAAAGGUUAACAUGAACUUGAAAAAUCGGCCUUGUACUUUGCUUGGAGUCUACGGCAUAUCCAAUGACGAACUAUAUGCUGUUAAGGAUGAAUUCUUUGAAAAAUUGAACGAUGAAAUAACAAAAAUCGGGAACAAUCGAGAGAUAAUAAUUAUGGGAGAUCUAAACGGAAAAACUGGCCGGAAAAGAGAUAAUAAAGUAGUGGGACCCUAUGGGGAAACAAGUCGAAAUGAUAAUGGAGAGAGACUUAUUGAACUCUGUGAGAGUCAUGGGCUGAAAAUAACGAACGGAUUCUACAAACACAAAGAAAUACAUACCUACACAUGGGUGCAGACAACUCGUAAUUUAAGAUCUAUAAUUGACUAUGUUAUAGUAAAACAGAGUACGGCCCUGCAGAUAAAUGAUGUACGAGUUUACACAGGCGUUACAUGCGGUUCAGACCAUUAUUUGGUGAAAAGUAGAAUUCUCUUUCCAUUUGGGCCAUUGAAAAAUACUAGGGGGGAUAACGAAGAGCAGGCAGAAAAGGUUGUUUGUGUGAAAUAUAACUUGAACAGCCUAACACAUGAGAGUACGAUAACACUGUAUCAGAAUAGAUUGGACGAGAAACUGACAGAUGAGCUCCGAGAGCAGGGUGUAGAGGAGGUAUAUGGGAAUAUCGUGGAUAGCAUCAAAAAAGCUGCUGAAGAAGCGCUUGGACUACAGAAGCCGAAAGAGAGUAAUAAGCUCUGGUGGACGGAAGAAGUUGAAAACAUAAUCAAAGAGAAAAAAAAAGCCUAUUUAUUAUGGCUAAGUUCCAAAAAACAGGAAGAUAGGGACGAAUAUAUGAGCAUAAAGAGGACAACCAGACGGGCAGUAACAACAGCCAAAAGAGAGAUGUGGGACCGUAAAUGCCAGGAAAUCAACAGCUGUAUACCAAUGAAAGAACACGAACAAAUAUCGAAUCAAUAACACUGAAACAAUGGAAGGAACACUAUGAAAACCUACUUACGGAAAAAAGAGAUGAGUACAACAGACUCUCACCCUCGGGGGUAGUCAUUGACGGAGAGCAUAUAGUGGUGG